AGAUGUUGCGGUAGUUCUGACAGUGAAGGAAGCUUCAAUUCUGAUUACUGCAGAGGAUGGCGCAGAAGAUGACAAAUGAUGCCUGAAGCUUUAAAAGCAAAUGUCCUGCAAAUAUCAAACCUAAAAUCAACUUUACUGAGCACAAGAUGCUGUCACUGGGACGGUUCUAUUUGAAAAGUUACACCAUAUUGGGGUUAUUCUGGUACCUCAAAGGCACAUACACCACCAAACCAGAUGAUGACAGGGCAGUUCCUGAUUUUGGAAAGAUGUAUCAUGUCAAAGGUGUGAUUUCAUUGCCUUCCUAUGAGAUAGAAGAACCUUUUGAAGCUUGGUACGACUUUGAGGAGAACAGAAGUCGAAUCGACUACUAUAAUGGUACAACGCGCACAUUUCUGAUUGGAAAUGACUUGGAUUAUGGGGCCAUUUACCAAAUCAAACCAGUCCUUCCUCCCAGCGUUAUUAAGUGUUUCCAGCUUAAAGGUACCAAAGAGGAACCGAUACGGCCACAGUCAGCAAUGCCUGAUGUACAGGGAUUUGAGUUUGAGAAGAUGGAGGAUUGCAAAGGGGUUCAGUGUGAGGUCUGGAAAACCGUCACAGAGGCUGGCCAUAAGAAGAACACAUACCGUCUGUGGGUCACACGUCCAGAGGGAAAUUAUGCUCCAGCCACACCACACCGCUUUGAGAUGGAGGGCUUCAACACUCUUCUAGAUUCCCACAAUGACAAAUACAGCAUUGAGUACAGUGACUUCUGCACACAAUCUGAGCCUGAUGUUUUCACUCCACCUGCAGGAUUUACCUGUGAAGAGUUUCCUGAUCCUCCUGAGGAGCGACAAAUAUUAGCCAAUCCCAUUCAAGACUAUGUCAGCACCAACCCUGUUAGCCACGCCCACCGAAUGUUUGGCCCCUUUAAGGAGAAGUUUAAUCGACAGUAUAAAAGCGAGGAGGAACACGAGAAGCGUGAAAUCAACUUUGUUCAUACGCUUCGGUUUGUGCACUCUAGGAACAGAGUUGGUCUUUCAUUCUCCCUCGGUAUCAAUGACCGCUCCGACUGGUCAAGGGCAGAAAAAAGAAAGUACUGCUAAAAUUUCAUUGUUGGCUAUCUAAACUUAUUUUUAAAUAAAAAAGGUGAGUGCUAAUUAUUAAGUCGCUAAAUGAUUAAGUUUCUAAAAAUAAAAACCCUAAUUGUACUAACUUAUGACAUGUGUCUUUUUGUAGUGUGUAUAUAAAACAGAUGAAGUCAAUUGGGUAAAUUCACCAAAGAUUAACAACAUCUAUUGCAAAUCAAUUUGUUUUGAGCUGUAAACUGCCUCUACUAUAUUUAGAUUGUCCUUAUUAAUAACUAGAGCUGCAUGAUACUGGAAAAUAUUUGAUAUUGUGGGUAUUGCCAUAAUCAUAUUUCUUAUAUAAUAUUUCCCUUGAACAUGCUAUUUUUUGUUAGCUUGUUUAUAAAUGAUUUGUUUAUUUAAUUAUAUUAAAAUAAACAUGUAAUAGAUAUAUUUCAGAUCUAAUUAUUUCUAAUUCAGUCAAGUUUAGUGCAGCAGAUAUCCUGACUCUGACUAUUGUUGUUUUUUCUUUUAUUCUUUGUAUUUUUUUCCCUGAUUUUGUCUCUGACUUACUCUUGUUGUUUUAGUUUUGUGAAGCACAUUGGUUAACUUGAGUUGUUUUUAAUUAUGCUAUAUGAAUAAACUGUCAUUCAUUAA